AUGCGUUUCAACAUCUUUGCCCUUGUUGCCUGCGCUGUCUCGACAGUUGCUCUCACCAUCUCUGCGCCUAAUCAGGACGACAAGGUGGACCUGAGCAAGCCCUAUGAGAUCAAGUGGAGGAACGUGGACUCGGAUCCCACCACGUUCAACAUCGAACUGGUCAACAUGAACGGCGGAUCCAACUCCUCCAACGUCCACAAGGAGGUCGCCAAGGACAUCAAGGUGUCUGAACGCUCGCACACCAUCAAGCCUGUCUGGGGCAUCGAGAAAGGCAAAGAGUACCAGUUCAACUUCAUCCGUGAAGACAAGAAGAACACCGGCAUCCUCGCCCAGUCGCAGCACUUUGAAGUCACCGAUGUGGCAGAUCGCCCUCAGUCGGGUAAGAAGAAAAGAUCAUGCUCUACCACCAUCACCACUCCAGCACCUCGCUCUCCCCAACACUGCACCUGCACAAACACCAAAGUCUCCAUCAGCACUACUACUACUCCUGCACCUACAACCUUUACCCAACUCUCAACAACUGUCACAACCACAUCAGCACCAUUGAUACACUACCCCCCUCCCAACACUAAUACCAAGCACCACAUCCCCAUCUUCACGCCUUACUCUGCACCUUCACCUUCAUAUAGCACCGCUCCCUCCAGCUCCACCCCCCUUGCGUCACCUUCGUCUACAGGUACUUCCGCAUCGUCCACGCCCACCGACUCCAGCGCUGCCUCGCCCGCCUUCGCCGUCCCCGUCGCCGGAUCCUUCCUCAUGACGCUGUUCGCUUUCGCUCUGUAACCGCAUUAUGUGAGUAUCAAAGCGUCAAAUAGGUAGGCAAGUCUGUACUAGCCCCUACAAUCGAGCGAACAAAGGGAAUAUCCCGUCCGAGUCCGACACCGAAACAAAAGUUCAACAACCCAUCCCGCCUUCUUCCUCCACCCACGUUCGAAACGAAACGACCCUAUCCCAUUUCCCCUAGCCUCCUUUUUUUUUCUCUAUUUCUAUCUUUCAUCGUUUAUGCAGGUACUUUUUCUUCUUAUUUCUCUUCUUGGGUAAUGAUUUUUUAUUUAUUUUCAAUGUUCCUAUUCCCUUUUUCUUUCUACUCCCGCGGAAACCCCUUGCACCCAUACACCCCC